AUGGCGAGACCACCUGGUGGAGAGUGCAAGAAUGCGAUGUCACAUAUCAAUAAAUCGGGCUUCUUAUCCAGCGACGAGAAAGCUUCCGCAGCAGUGGAAAACAAUAGAGAUGAAAAGCGGGUGGUUGUCAAGGGAUGGAGGACUAACACUGUGAGAAUCAGGGACCCAGACCUACCCUCAGAAUUACGCCUCGGCUCCACCAGCCACGACGUUGGCAGGCACCGCCACGCCAGGUAA